CAGGGACAAACAACAGACAUCGAGGCUCGGGCAUUUAAUAUUUUCUUGUGAGAUCCUCCCAUUAAGAUGUUGCGUAUGAUAUUUUGAAUUUAUUUAUUGGUCAAUUUCCAUAUCGUGGUCUGUUUUGAGUACCUAGGAUAUAUUUUGAAACAAGCUAGGAGAUAAGAGUGAAACAGGCUGGAGGUAUCUGCAAAAACAAAACAGAAUGGGUGCCGAAACCAGCUCAUCGUUCCAGCAACCAAGCGACAAAUUCAAGAGUGCUCUCAAGAGAGUUGCUGAUGUUGCAAACAUUCCAACAUGUGCAAAUUUUUGGAUGUACAAAGAAAAACUCAGGCCAAUUCUGGAACAAAUUAUCGGAGAUGAACAAAUUAAACAGUGCGUGAGAGUAGAAAAAUCACAAAUGUUUAAACUUGCCAUGUCACAUUACAAAAACAAAAUUGGUGAAUCCCGACGGGGAAACUUCUUUUCUCGCCACGAGUCGUUGAUGAUCGUUUUUGACGAUUCCAGAGAAUUCGACUAUGAUGGAGGGGGUUAUCGAAGAGAAUUUUACUCUAAUUUCUUUCGGACAGCUAUCAGAGAUCGAGGACUUUUCGUCGGAGACUAUCCUCGUUUAGUACCGAAUUUUACAAAUGACAGACUGGACGACCUGACUGCAGUCGGUAUCGGAAUUGUCGAGUCCAUUUUGAAUUUUGAUUGUGGAUUCCCAUACUUAAAUCCAGGGUUGUAUCAUUUUAUGGUAGAUCAUGAAGAUUUUGAACAGUAUCUAAUGAUUGAAGAUAUCCCAAAUCCAGCUGUGAAACAUUUUGUCCAACAAAUAUUGGAAUGCAAAACAGAUGACCAAAUAGCCGCUGUGAUCCAAAGCGAGGAGGGGGCUCUAGUAGAACACAUUGGUUGGCCAGUGGAAAAACAAUUUAAUAUGAGCAACCGAGAGCAGUUAGUCCACAUGCUGACAAGAUACAGUAUCAUCGACGAAAGGAGGCCUGCAAUAGAUGCACUCAGGAGAGGUCUUAACUUUCUCAAAUUCCUUGAUAAGAUAAAGGACAUUUCUUUGCUGGAGCCACUUUUUGUCCACUCUGACGGAUAUUCAAUCAAUAAAGAGUAUCUUCAGAAAAUCUUGCUUCCGGCGCUGGAGGGCCUCAAUGCCGACAACGACAAAUUGAAAAAGGCGAAGGAUUUCGCAAUUCGCUCUGUGAAGGAGAUAAAUGAUGAAGAAGCAAUGGCGCUCUACCAUUUCAUCACCGGUCUAUCAAGUCCAUCUGUAAGCCAAGAGGUACUUCAAGCAAAGUUCAUUAAUGCCAAACCCGAAAACAAGAUCCCAGAAGCCAUGACGUGUUUUGAAACCCUAAUGAUUCCUCUUGGGAACAAAAAUUAUAAGGAAUUCAAGGAGUCUUUUCAACAUGCCCUAAAAACAUUUGACAAUGUCGAUUAUUUGUCUUGCGGAUGAUUGUGUUCUGUACUGGUGAUUAAAAUCCAUGGCAAUAGAAUACACAACCUGCUUAGUAUGUACUAGUAUGUAUAACACAUUGGGAGAGGGCCUACAUAUGCUAUGUCUGUUGCCCGAUCCUACUGAGUUUCUCAAUAAAAUAUGUCUAGAUUUAAAUUAAAUACAUUGAGUUUCUCAAUAAGAUAUGUCUAGAUUUAAAUUGAAUACAUUGUACGUAUCGAUCUUCUGCAUCUAGAAUUGUAUGAUAUUGUGAUGUUCUCCCUAUUGUUGCCAUAACUUUACGAAAUGGUAUAUGUAGAGCAUAUUAUAUCAAUAAUCAUGUGGACACUCUAUACGUAUGUACAGAAUCAUUUAAAAACUCCUAACGGAGAAUUUGCAAUUUGAAUUCUUGUAAUAAUCGUUUGUUUGUCGUAUAUUUUGAAAUAUGCCGAUUAAAUAUUUCAAAUCCAAA